AUGUCUAUUAAAAACUGUCAAAAUGGAAAUAUUCAAAAAUCAAGUACUGAUGAGCAAGAAUCUGAUAAAGAUGAUAAAGAUAUUGAGAUUUUAAAACGAGAAUCAAGCAAAGAUGAAGAAAAUGACAAAAAUACUGAAAUUUUAGACUUAGAAUCUCCUAAUUACGAACCAAUUUUUCAAGAAAAUAUUGACAAAUCUGAUAAUAGUACAUCAAUAGAACUAAACUAA